AUACAACAACUUAACUUGAAACAUUUUAUGCUCCCAGUGAUGAUGAUGAAUGGUGUAGUUUAUGCGGUGUUGAUGGUGCAAGUUCUUGCAUGCACGAGCAGUGCAGCGGUGGUGCCAAGCGUGAAGUGCAUUGAGAGUGAAAGGCAAGCUCUGCUUUCUCUCAAACGUGGCUUCAAUGCCACAGAUGCUGGUUGGCUGUCUUCAUGGGGAGAUGGGGAGCAGCAGAAGGAGUGUUGCAACUGGGAAGGCGUCAAGUGCAGCAAUGUAACUGGCCAUGUUAUCAUGCUUGAUCUUCAUGCUGAUUAUUACACUCGUGGAUCCAUAAGCCCAUCACUGGCUGAGUUACAUCAUUUGAACUAUUUGGACCUUAGUGAUAUUCACUUUCCUCUCGCGUCAUCCAUCCCUCCUUUCAUUGGCUCUUUAACCUUUUUGACACACCUCAAUCUCUCUUUUUGUUCCUUCACUGGAAACAUACCCCCUCAAUUGGGAAAUCUGCACUUCCUCGAAUAUCUUGAUCUUUCAUGGAAUGAUUUUAAUAAUUCGCAACAAAUUCCUUCUCAGUUCUCAAAUCUCUCCCAUGUAGUGUAUCUUGAUCUUAGUUUCAAUUAUCUGGUUGGAGGAUUUCCUCUUCAACUCACAAAUAUGUCAUCCUUGAGAUAUUUGGAUCUUGGUAAUAAUGGCCUUAACGGAACAAUGCCUCCUCAACUUGGAAAUCUCUUAUCCUUGGAACAUCUUGAUCUCAGUGGAAAUGCAUUCACCGGAACCAUUCCUAGUCAACUCCAAAACCUUUCUCGUGUACAGUAUCUUGACCUCCUCCAACCUUAUUAUUAUUCCUUUGACAAAACCAGGUCAUUAAGUUCUGAUUUACAAUGGCUAUCUCAACUUCCAAUCCUGAGUUAUCUUUCGCUUCCUAGGGUGAAUCUCAGUGGUGCCAGCAAUUGGCAACGACAAGUGAGUAACCUUUCUCAUCUUCAAUAUUUAGACUUGAAUGGUUGCAAUCUUGUUGAUUCCGUGCUCACUUCAUCACUUGCAUCCACUUCUCUCUCAUAUGUGGACAUCUCUCUCAACUCUUUAAGGGAUACAUCCUUCAUAUUCCCAUGGUUAAUGAAUUUCACUAGUAGCCUUGUUACUCUCAGAAUGAAUGGUAAUGGUUUAACAGGAACCAUUCCAGAAACAUUCGGGAACAACUUGAGUUCCCUUGAGGAGUUAAAUCUUGCAAAUAAUGAGCUCAAAGGCCAAAUACCUCUAUCCUUGUUUCAUAUUGGCAGCUUGACAGAACUAGAUCUAUCUGAAAACAUGUUUACAGGGAUGCUGCCUGACCUCUCACAGGUUUCUUCAUCUUUGGAAGUGUUAGGACUUGAUAACAACAGGUUAAGUGGAACCAUACAUGAAGGUAUUGGACAACUAUCCAACUUAGUUGAGUUAAGCCUUGGAAAUAACUUCAUGAAAGGUUUGAUUACUGAAGCUCAUUUUUCAAGACUUUCCAAUCUUGACUCUUUGGAUUUGUCUCAUAAUGCAUUCGUUUUUAAUGUUAGCGAGGAAUGGGUUCCCCCUUUCAAUUUAAGUGAAGUUUACUUGGCUUCUUGCAAUUUGGGGCCUAACUUUCCAAAAUGGCUUGACACCCAGGUGAAUAUUGGGGAUUUGGAUAUUUCCAAUGCUGGAAUUUCUAGCACUGUUCCUAAUUGGUUUUGGGAACACCUUCCUCGGAUGUUGAAUUUUAAUAUUUCUCACAACCGUUUUCGAGGAAAAAUUGAAGGCCCAAUUCUACCAGCUAUUGUUGUUGACCUAGAUAUUUCAGUUGAUUUGAGCUUCAAUUUAUUUGAAGGCCCAAUUCCAGCAUUCCUUGCAGCUGCUUCACAUCUGUUUUUGUCCAAUAACAGAUUUUCAAUUGCAAAUCCUCUUUUAUGUGCAAACUCGACCAAACCCACAAGAUUUAUGGAUUUGUCAAACAACAGCCUUAGAGGAGAACUUUCGGAUUGUUGGAUGGGUUUUGAGUCAUUGGUCGUCCUAGAUUUAUCCAAUAAUCAGUUUUAUGGAAAUAUGCCAAAAUCUCUGGGGUCUUUAAGAAAUAUCCAGUCAAUACACUUUGAAGGCAAUAAUUUUUCAGGAGAGAUACCAUCAUCCUUGCAUAAUUGCACACAACUACGAGUUUUUGAUGUUGCAGGUAAUAAGUUAUCAGGAACAAUACCAAGCUGGAUUGGAGAUAAUAUUCCAAAGCUACUUGUACUUAGCUUACAUUCCAAUCAUUUUCAUGGUAACAUUCCAUUAAGCAUGUGCAAUCUUCAUGAACUCCAUGUCUUGGACCUCUCCCUCAAUAUUCUCUCUGGCAAUAUACCUAAAUGCAUAAGUAAUCUUUCUGCUAUGGCCACUCUAGCAAAUUCAAAUGCAACUAUUACAGAUGACUAUUAUGUUAUUUAUAUGAAUAUACAUGACCGUACUCGAUAUGAACAUGAUGUUUACCAAAUUUAUAAUGAUAGCACAUCACUGAUAUGGAAAGGAAAAAUGUCAAAAUAUGGAAGCACCCUGGGAUUGUUGAGAAGUAUUGAUUUCUCCAGCAACAGGUUGACAGGGGAAAUACCAACUGAAAUGAUGAGUCUUAUUGGCUUGGUUUCUUUAAAUCUUUCAAGAAACUUUUUUAGUGGAGACAUCCCUCCAACUAUUGGACAACUGAAAUCAAUAGAUUCUCUUGAUCUAUCCAGAAAUCAUUUGUCAGGAACAAUUCCUUCACAACUUGCUCAGAUAGAUCGUCUCAGUGUUCUGGACUUGUCAUACAAUGAUUUAUCCGGAGAAAUCCCACUUGGCACGCAACUUCAAACCAGGGAUGCUUCUGCUUAUGAAGGAAAUCCAAAACUUUGUGGUGCUCCCCUCAACAAUACUUGUCCCAUUCAUGGUCACCAGAUCAGUGAACAUGGUGCUGAUGGUGAUGAUGAUGAACAAUUUGUAAGCGAGGGGUUCUACAUUGCUAUGGCUGCUGGAUUUGUUAUGGCAUUUUGGGGAGUGUGCUUCUCAUUGAUUUUGAAGAAAUCUUGGAGAUAUGCUUAUUUCAAGUUGUUGAGUGAUGUCUAUGACAAGCUCUAUGUAUUUACAGCGAUCAAGGUGGCCAAAUUCAAAAGGAUCAUAUCUCAAAUAUGAAGGCAAAAGCACACAGUAUCUUGUGAAAGAUAGAGCUUUGUUUGUGAUACAGCCAGAAUCUUCAUGCAUGUGUAUAUCCAUUUGGAAGGAGACCAAUAACAUUUAGUGAUGCAGUUAAUAUAAGAAAAAAGUUUGUUAAUAUAAUAAGUAUUAUGUUGGCAUAUUUUAGCCCUGUUUAGGUUUACUGCUGUAGCUGCAGGGUGGAGUGUGGAAGAGGAUGCUUUUUCACAUUUCACCUAUAUUGCAUAAUAUUUGUUAUAUGAGUGUGAUUGUCAAACUUAGCCUUGUUUUAUUGCUGUAAUUUAUUUUCGGGGACAAUAUUAAGUGUUAGUUAUUAUGGAAGUG